UACUUAAAUAAAAAACUCGUACUCUCUGUUCCCACACGCUUCUCUCAAAUCUCUGUUUCUCAAACUCCCAGAUCCUCUGCAAAAGCUUCUCCGAUCUCUCUUCCUCCUCUUCGAGAUUUCGUUUCUACACAUACAUAAAAGACAAUGACGUUGUCUCCUCCUCGAGUUUCAAGAACAGUCUAUCCUCGGAAAGUUCCUUCAAUUGCAUUUGCUAUUGGUGGGUUAACAUCCUUCAUCAUCUUCGCUUCUCUGCUUCUCUUCUCGCAUCCCCUUGGUUCUUCUCUUACUGAUUAUCUCUACGGAACUGAGACCACUCAACAGCAUCUCGAGUUUCACCAUAGCACCAUCGAUACUUCUGAUCCAAUCCCAUCUCCUAAGGCUUUGGAUCCAAACGACAAAGAAACCAACUCAGGAAAGUCUACAAAUCACAUUUCCGUUACACAAGAUUCAGUAGAAAAAGCAGAAUGUGAUCUGUUUCAUGGUAACUGGUUCUAUGAUCCAGUGGGACCCUUGUACACGAACAACUCUUGCCCUCUUCUGACACAGAUGCAGAACUGCCAGGGCAAUGGCAGACCUGACAAGGGCUAUGAGAACUGGAGAUGGAAACCGUCUCAGUGUGAUCUUCCACGUUUCGAUGCCAAGAAGUUUCUGGAGCUAAUGAGAGGCAAGACUCUAGCUUUUAUUGGUGAUUCUGUUGCUCGUAAUCAGAUGGAGUCCAUGAUGUGCCUUCUUUGGCAGGUGGAAACUCCGGUUAACCGGGGGAACCGGAAGAUGCAGAGAUGGUAUUUCAGGUCAUCAUCAGUAAUGAUAGCUCGGAUGUGGUCAUCAUGGCUUGUCCAUCAGUUCAACGAACCGUUUAGUUUUGCUCCACAAGGCGUAACCAAACUAAAGCUGGACCAACCAGAUGAGCGUAUAAUGGAAGCUCUUCCGAAAUUCGACGUUGUUGUGCUUUCGUCAGGCCACUGGUUCGCUAAACAGUCUGUCUACAUUUUAAACGAGGAGAUUGUUGGAGGGCAGUUAUGGUGGCCGGACAAAUCAAAGCCUGCAAAGGUCAGCAACGUGGAAGCAUUUGGGAUCUCUGUGGAAACAAUCUUGAAGGCAGUGGCUAAACACCAAGACUACAAGGGUCUGACCAUCUUGCGGACUUGGUCGCCUGAUCAUUACGAAGGCGGUGCUUGGAACACAGGCGGGUCGUGUACGGGUAAAGAAGAGCCUCUCUCCCCUGGGAAGUUGGUUAAAAACGGGUUCACGGAGGUAAUGUAUGAGCAGCAAGCAAGAGGGUUUCAACGAGCUGUGGCGGAUGAAAAUAGAUCGAAGAAGAUGAAGCUAAUGGAUAUCACUGAGGCUUUCGGGUACCGGCAUGACGGUCAUCCUGGUCCGUAUAGAAGUCCUGAUCCGAAGAAGAUCACGAAACGUGGACCGGACGGUCAGCCUCCCCCGCAAGACUGCUUGCACUGGUGCAUGCCGGGGCCGGUAGACACGUGGAACGAGAUGGUGCUGGAGAUUAUAAGGAGAGAUGUGGAGGGUGGAGGAAAGUAAACCAUAAUCUUGAUCUAGGAGCAAAGAGAUCAAUAUAUACACUUAUAAGAGAGGAAUCUUAUUUCAUACCACGGAUUAGUUGAUUUAAGGACUUUCUAAUUAUUACAAUAUGAUUAGUAAUUACUUGUAAACCCAUUACACACACUUGUAGUUCUGCUUUUUACAAACAAUGUAAUUUUUGAUUCGAAGAGAAACAAAAGAGUUGGCCAAACAAUUUUUUUUGUUUUGCUACCACAGUAUAUCCUUAGACUAAUUAUCAUGUAACAA